AUGGAGUUUAUGCAAAUGGAGAUGCAUACUCUUGAUGAGAGCAUUAACAUCUAUGAUGACAACCUCAUCCCUCAAGAUUCAACCCACUUCUCUAUUUCCCUCCCUCAACCUAACUCUAAUCUCGAACCUUUUGAGGGUAUGCAAUUCGAAUCUGAAGAGGCUGCCAAGGCCUUCUACAACUCUUACGCUCGACGUGUUGGUUUUAGCACUCGCGUUAGUACGUCUCGUUGUUCUCGCCGUGAUGGUGCCAUCAUUCAGAGGUCCUUUGUUUGCGCCAAGGAGGGGUUUAGGGUCGAUAAAGAUAAAGAUAAAGACCAAGCUGGAAGUGAUGCUAGAGUGAAGCGUCCUCGUGCCGAGACUCGUGUUGGUUGUAAGGCUAUGUUGGUUGUCAAAAUUCAAGAUUCUGGUAAAUGGAUCGUUUCUUCUUUUGUUAAGGAACACAACCAUGAAUUGGUUCCCCCCGAUAAGGUUCGUAGAGACAAAGACAGGGUUCUAGAUUGGGGUGACUUUGAUGAAAAUAAGAUGACUAAUGUUUCUCUUGAUGAGUCAGACUUUAGGGAUAUGCCACAUAUUAAUUGUGAUAUAAAUAGUCUUUAG